UGCCAGUAGCUCUCAUUGCCUACCGCCUCUGCACCCUGCACGGGCAGGACAGAGCCGUGUCUCCCCUCAGUUUCUGUGGAAGAUGAGUACAGAAAGCCAGGCUGUUUUCUAAAGAGAAGUGUCGCUUUAUUUCUAUUUUUCCUUUCAUUGUCGUCAAGGACUCGCUCUUGCCGGUGUCGUCUAAUAUUACCAGUGACGUGCUGUGGUGUACCUUAGCUUCGUCAGGAACUUUCCAAAACAUCAGCGAACGUGCAGUUAAAACUGCACUGCGGUUUCGUCGUAUUUAGUUUGAACGUCUGUCUUACAGGGGUCCCGCUGUAAUAUCUCCGCGGACGCUUGAGAAGAUCUCCAUAACGGAUUGCAGCGCUGGGAUGAUUUUGAUGGAGUGAGACAUUGCUGUCAAGGGAGAUCUACAAGAAAAGCUGAUCUACAUUUCCAGGUUAGGACAACUGAAGUACCAACUUGGAAUCUCCUCACCUGCACUCGAACCCUGAACUGAAUUGAACUGCAAAAUGGAUGGAAUAGACACCUUGCAGAGCUCAGCCCUAGAGACCAAGGCUGAGCGAAUUGCUCGCUACAAGGCAGAAAGGAGGAGGGAGCUUGCGGAGCGCUAUGGCAACACAGACGAAUUCACUUCCAAAUAUGUCCGUAGGGAAAGGAAGAUUGGCGACACAUCCGAAACAGUGUCUUCAGAAGCAAAGGAGAAGGAAAAAUGUGAGGAUAAUGGAUCAGAGAAAACAUAUACCAGGAGGGGCCUCAGGAAUAAAUCCAUGGAGCACACUGAUGAUGAGCCCGCCCAGGAAAAAGAGAGUACCACUCAAGUCAAAACAGACAUAGUUUUAUCAUCUAAAUCAGAAGCUGUCUCCUCCACAAAGACACCCUCUCAUUCCAGGCUGCUGGAAACUGAUGACAGAGAUGAGCUAAAGGCUGAUGAGAAGCCUGGGGACUCAGCUGAGAGGACUUCCAAGAUGUCUCUUUUUAAGGACCACGACAUGACGGAGGAUGGAAGUGGCCGACGUGCCAACAACAGGGUAAAGGGUCAGCUAAUGAGCAGCGACGAAGAGGAAACCUCUGCCAGCCUUCCCAAAACCGAAAUGAGCAAAGUAAUGGAUGAGAAAGAGGCCACAGAAGAACCUUCACUGCAGGAGCAGUGUGAAUAUGCUGCCACUGUGGAAGAAAAGAAGCCUUCCAGUCUCUACUCUGAGAGAGAUCUCCUCUCGAGCAAGAACAGAGACGCCUCUCCCCCUCCCUCUCCCUCUCCCUCUCCCUCACCCUCUCCCUCUCCCUCACCCUCACCCUCACCCUCUCCUCCCUGCCAGCUUUCCUCACUGCAGCGCCAAGACUCAGGGCCUCGGGGUAUCAAGGGAAUCCUAAAGAAAAGCCGCUCCACCAGCGUGGAGUCGGACCACAGCGAGGGCUCGACUCCAGAGUGUGCGCCGGCCCGACAAAGCAGCGUCAUCCUCAGCCACCUCGAGAACGAGGAGGAGAUGGAGGAGGAGGAGAUAGAAGAAGAACAUCAAGAAGAGGAAGAGGUCAGUGGGGAAAAUGACCAAGAGGACGAGUCACCGACAGACGAUAUCACAGAUGGGGGGAGCUUCAGUGUCAACAGACAACAGAGGGAGGGAAGCAGCACUAGCAGCAGAGGGAGCUUCGAGGAGAUGCAGAGCCCCUCGCCUGACGAUAGCUUGGAGCAGACGUCCAUAGUGUCGGAGGAUGUUGAGGAGCUGGAGAGCAGUCUGGAUUCAAGCAUUGGCUCCUCACUCAAACAGAGACUGGCAGAGUUCACAAGCGACAGUGAGAAGAAGAACAGAGUGAAGAAACCCAAACCAUCCGAGCUGAUCCAGACAUCACUGGCCGAUCGCUUCGGUCAGCUCCAAGGCGCUGAAAAUGCCUGGAAGAAAAAGACUUCUGGUGUAGAUGUGGAGCCUAAGAUGUCGCUGGCAGAGAGGAUGAAGAUCCUUAAAGACAAGGAGGAGCAGUGGAAGAACAAAGGCAAAGGAGCAGCCAACGACUCCAUCCAGUUCACUGUGGCAGGACGCAUGGCCAAGAGAGGUCUUGUGUCAGAUACCGGAAAAGAAGAGUCACCUCUUGUCUCUCUCAAGAAGUCCAAUGUCACACCUGUGAAGCCACUUGAAGAAAUCUCCAGUAGAACUGACGUCAAGGUGGAAGGAGAUAAAAGGCUUGACAAGCUUGAGUCUUUCCUCGACAAGCUCCACAAUAAAGGCGUGAGCAGUAGCAAGACAUCCACCAUCGAGGUGACGGCAGAGACGGAGAAAGAAGUGAUGACCCUGGACGACGAGGAGACGUUCGGCAACUUCUACAAACCUGUGUCACCCUCGACACUCCUGGACUCCAGUGUGGUUCUGACAGAGGAGGACUUCAGCCAGAUCCAGGCCGAUACACCAAAGCUCACGUCAGCCGUAGCAGAACACAAGCGGGCAGUGCGACCACCCAAAAGGAUUCAGGGCUCCAGAAACCCACUGCGGGCUCUAGCUGCCCGCAACGACAUUCGUCAGGUCUACACCGAGCAGAGGCUUAACGUAGCCACGGUGGAGACCAAGAGGAUCCAAGUGGAGAGGAUGGCAAAACACUCCAAAACAAACCUGGCCGAUGUGGCCUUGGCCGGUCUCGCCAGCAAGGAGAACUUUCGCAAGAUCAGCCUGCGCAGUGUGAAGUCCACCGAUGUCGUGACCAAUAACAGUGCCGUGCCUUUCAACAAGCUCAUGCUCAUUCGCAUCAAAGGUCGGAGGCACGUCCAAGUGCGCUUGAUGGAGCCCACAGCCCACUCUCUAAACAGUGGCGACUGCUUCCUUCUGAUAACGCCAAAGCACUGCUUCAUGUGGAGCGGAGAGUUUGCCAAUGUCAUUGAGAAAGCUAAGGCAUCGGAGAUGGCAUCGUUUGUCCAGACCAAGAGGGACCUCGGGUGUAAGGCCCCCCAGGUGACAGUUCUGGAGGAGGGCAUCAACACUGACAGCAGAUGGGCCAAAGAGUUCUGGAGUCUGCUGGGAGGACAGACCCAAUACAGAGGGGCAGGGGAGCCAGAUGAGGAUGAGCUGUAUGAGAGCGGGGUGUUGGACUCUAAUGGGGUGUACAGACUCCAAGGAGACAAACUGGUGCCUCAUGAAGACGCAUGGGCCUCUAUCCCGAGUGUCUCCUUGCUCAACUCUAAAGAGGUCUUAGUAUUUGAUUUUGGCAGCGAAGUGUAUGUCUGGCAUGGGAAAGACGUGCCCUUGGGUGACAGAAAAGUUGCUGUGAAACUGGGCAAACAGCUCUACAGCGGCAGCUAUGACUACAGCAACUGCAGGGUCAACCCUUUAGAUGCCUCCUGCACGAAUAAGGAUGUGCCUCAGCAGGGGGAGGGUCGUCCAAGCUGGACUCUGUUUGGCCGUCUGUCAGAGCACAAUGAGACAGCCCUGUUCAGAGAGAAGUUCCUGGACUGGGCCGAGAGGAAGAAGGAGGAAGCGGCUCAAGCUGAGGAAAUAAAGAGCCCAGUCUACUUCACCGAGCGUGCCCCAUUUGAAUUGGAGCUGCAGCCAUGUGAUGCCAAGGUCCUGCUGGACAACGAGCCGGAGCCGGUAAAGACAGUUCUGGAGGGGGUGAACGUCCAGCGGGGCCACGGCCUGGUGAGGGCAGACGAUGAAAGACAAGCAGAGUUGGCUACAAUAGCUGUAGACGCCUGGCACAUCAAAGAACACGGUGAGGAGGAAAUGCCUGAAAAGAGCCUGGGUCAACUUCACGAGGGCGAUGCAUACAUCAUCCGUUGGAAGUACUCCAUCACCACACUGGUGGGGAAGCGGCAGAAACCCGGGGAGCUGAGUGCUGGCGCUCCAGGAAGAGAGAGGACUGCUUGUUUCUUCUGGCAAGGCCGACACUCCAGCAUCAGUGAGAAAGGAACCUCAGCCCUAAUGACAGUGGAGCUGGGCAGCCAGAGGGGGUCACAAGUGUUGGUGAGUGAGGGGAAAGAGCCUCCAUGCUUCCUCCAGCUGUUCCAGGGAGGUUUGAUCAUCCACAAGGGCAGCAGAGAAGGCAGUGCCAACAACACAGAUGGCUGGAGGUUGUUCUGUGUCCGUGGUGAGGCGGAGGUGGAGGCCUCACUAGUGGAGGUAGAAUGCCAGCAUGCCAGUCUGCGCUCUCGUGCCAGCCUGGUGCUUCUUAAUGCUCAGAAAGGCCUUCUCUAUUUAUGGCACGGCUGCAAAGCUCACGUCAGUGCCAGGCUGGUGGCCAAAAGAGCUGCAGACAAAGUAACUCAGAGGUGUCCCCCAGAGUUAGGUCUGAGCAGCACCAGUAGCGUGAAAGUGGAGGAGGUGGAGGAAGGGUCCGAACCCGCAGAGUUCCAGAAGGCUCUAGGCCCGCAGGACAAGAAGGCCUACGACUGUAUGCUGCAAGAUCCAGGGAAGUACAACUACACACCCCGGCUGUUUCGGCUGAGCGCCAGCUCCGGAGUAUUCGAAGGGGAGGAGCAACUAUAUCCCGCCAGGGUGAUAGAGGGAGUCAUGGCGAUGCCCUUUCUGCAGGAGAACCUCUACUCCGCACAACAGCCAGCGCUGUUCCUGCUGGAUAACCGUAUGGAGGUGUACCUGUGGCAGGGCUGGCAGCCUGAAGACACACAGUGUACCGGCUCAGCGAAGAUACGCUGGAACAACGAGAGGAAGUGUGCCAUGGAGACGGUGCUUCAGUACUGCAAAGAAAAGAACCCUCGACGCCCCCCUCUGGCCUAUCUGGUCCUAGCAGGCUGUGAACCUCUAACCUUCACAAACAUCUUCCCGUACUGGGAGAAGGACACCAGUAUUGCUUCACUGGCAGAGGGCUCCAAAAACAAGGUGAUGUUAGUAAAGGAGGCGCUGUCUAACCUCAGUAAGCAGCAGUACUCCAUCGAGGAGCUGACCGGGAAACCGCUACCAGAGGGAGUGGACCCUCUGCGCCUGGAGGAUUAUCUGUCUGACCAGGACUUCAAGACACUUCUUGAGAUGAGUCGAGUUGAGUUCAAUGCCCUGCCAAACUGGAAGCAAAAGAAUCUCAAGAAAAGCAAGGGCCUGUUUUAAAACACACCAAUUUGUACACAAAUGUUUUCAGCAGCUUUUCUUACAUUUUGUAUUCCUCAUUGUGUAAAGGAUAAAGAAAAGCAAAUGUACAAUUUUGUUCAAAUGUUGAUCUAUUUUUAAAAACAAUGCCAUUUAAAAUUUUUCCCUGUUUCACUGAAAUAUUUUAGCCAACCAUUAUGUGCAAUUACUUCAUGUGAAUCUUCUUUUUGAUGGGAAGAUGUUUUCCUUGUAUGGUAAAAAUAGUUUCCCUCACAUUAUAAAUAUGUAAUAUACUAUAAAUGAAUGUGUUUUUAUGUUUACUCCAGACAGUGUCAAUUUUUGUGUUUGUGAAUGUGUUUUAUAAAAAUUGCCUGUGGUUAUUCAUCGAUUUUUAUAUUUCUCUACUUAGAAGUUGACAAAGAAAAGAAGCAAAACAAAUGAAAGUUCAGAGAACAAUCCAUGUCAUUUGUGAUUGUUUGAAAGAAAUGCGGUAAACAAAGAUUCUAGACACCUGGCUCAUCUAAAGUGUUAUGACAGCAAAAAUAAUCCAUUUAUAUCUUUUUUUUAUUUUUGUAUUGUAACAGAAAAUGUGCAGAGGACGUGUGACAAAGUAAACUCCAAAAUCCGAAAGAAAGCUGAAAAAUGAAAUGUUAACUCUUGACUUUGCUACCUUUACAUCGGCCUUUAAAAUGGACUCAACAAUUGUUCUAGUUUGGUACUGGAUACUUCCUGCUUCUCAUGAAUAACUGCCUGUGUGUCAGUGAUUGCAGCAUUCUAAUCAAAUGGUUGUUUAGGACCAAAUCUUUUGUCUUGUUAUAAGUGUUUCUUUGUGAAUCUGUGUGAGUGUAAAUGUACAACUUUAAAAGUAUUAAGUGUGUGUGUGUGUGUGUGUGUGUGUGUGUGUGUGUGUGUGUGUGUGUGUGUGUGUGUGUGUGUGUGUGUUUAUGUAAGAGAGACAGCAAGAGAGUAACUGUGCUGUAUAAACUGCCUUUACAGCUGUAGAUGACACCACAAAUGUAUACUGCAAAACUUGUCCUGUAUGUUAAUAUGACUGUAAUAUGCCUGUGAUGUCUGAAUAAGGAAAUUCUCUGCAUGAUGUUCACAAAAAAAAUUUUGCUUAAUCACAUUUGUUGCAAUAUGCAUCUUUUUUGUGAUACAUGAGAUCUGCAAUAUAUGUUGAGACAGCUUCCAGGCCAUCUUGUAUUUCAUGGCACAUAAAAGUAAACAUUGGUGGUAGGGAAAAUAAAAAUUAAUGCUCAAGAUUCCCUUUGAAAUAAAGUAUUUUUAAAAGUG